AUGUAUGUGUGGAAAUCGGAUGCUCUGGGAAACAUCCAAGUCUUUGCGUGGAGAUUGCUUCAUUCAAGACUGCAAACUCGAGAUGAGCUUUUUAAAAGACACGUUAUUUCUGGCCAGCAUAACCUUGGAUUCCCCUUAUGCUCACAUCAAAAUGAAUCUCAAUUCCAUUUGUUUCUCUCUUGUCGAGUAGCGAAGGAGGUAUGGCUUUCCAUCUUCGAUUGGGUUCAGGUGGCGGGAAAUUUCUCUUCUAUUUCGGUUUCUGAUCACCUGAUAUGGUUUGUUUCUGUCAUGUCGGGUGGUACUAGGAAAAACUGUAAGAUUCUCAUUUGGUUAUCGGUAGUAAGGGCUAUAUGGUUAAUUAGGAAUGAUAUCCUAUUUAAUGGAGGGUUGCAAGGGAGUAGGGAGAUUGUCGUUGUUGCUAAAUCGUUAGCUUGGGAGUGGUUUUGUGCGGUUAAGCACGGACAAUGUUCGUUAACUCAUGAUGAGUGGAAUUCUUGUCCAUUAUUAGCUUUCUCUUAG